AUGCGUCCGAUUGAGAAUGAAUCGGACGAAGAGAGCAGUGAAGAAAGCGCAGAAGACGAUGAUAAAGAUGAGGAUGAUGAGGAUGAGGAUGAGGCAGAGGAGGAGAAUCUCGAUGAUGCCGGCAUUGCUCGCACGUAUGCCAAGAACUCUGAUAUAGAUGUCGUGCCCGAGAAGUUAAGCACUGUGGUGAAAAUAGACCCUAAUGCACCCGUCGGGAGUGUGUUUAUGUACAAGACUGCCGCGUUGAAGUUGCAGGGUAUUCAGUCGUAUAAGAACAACAGGGUGAACAACCAGCACGAUGCCUCCAUGCCGUCGGAAGGGACGCUGAAGUGUGCUGUUUGUCUGCUGGAGGGUGUGAAUGCUGUCCCAUUCUGGGAGUUUCGCACGGCUGAG